GUACUCGAUGUAUAGUUAAAAAAUGGGAGGGCACACUUGAACUGAGCUGCUCUAUGAAGGUAGGCUGCAGCGUGUGUUUAUUGAUGAGAUGAAAAGAAGAUGGAAGUGAGAAAUGAAACAAAGUAAAGGAACAUAAUUAAAAAAAAAACUAUACGCGCUUCGUCGGGGGAAAACAGGGGGAGUCGUGGAAACGCUGUCGCCACUUUUUGAACGAGCUUCGAAGUGCAGAGCAACACAUGAUUUGGACAGAGAGGACUGACAGCCUUGCCUAGCACCUGGCCUCUGAUCAGCCAUCUCCACCAGCAAACUGAAGCUUGACCUGCACUUCAUCACCAGCCACACAAGCAUCUUCGGAAAUAAACGUCAUCUAACUGUGACAUCAGUUGCAAGGGGAUGACCGAGCGCAUUCAUAACAUCAAUCUCCACAACUUCAGCAAUUCUGUACUUGAGACCCUCAAUGAGCAACGCAACCGUGGGCACUUCUGUGACGUGACUGUUCGGAUCCAUGGAAGUAUGCUGCGAGCUCACCGGUGCGUGCUGGCUGCUGGAAGCCCCUUCUUUCAGGACAAGCUGCUCUUGGGCUACAGCGACAUUGAGAUCCCUUCUGUGGUCUCAGUGCAAUCCAUCCAAAAGCUGAUUGACUUUAUGUACAGUGGGAUUCUGCGGGUAUCUCAGUCAGAGGCCCUGCAGAUCCUAACUGCUGCCAGCAUCCUACAGAUCAAGACCGUCAUUGAUGAGUGUACCCGCAUCGUGUCCCAGAAUGUGGGCCUGGCUGGGCCGGGGGGGUUCCCUGUUAUACCAGGAGACUCUGGUCAGGAAACGCCCCGUGGCACGCCAGAGUCUGGCACCUCUGGGCCCAGCAGCGACGCAGAGUCAGGUUAUAUGCAAGCAACAUCACAAAGCAUGGACCGUGCAUACACAUCACUGUACUCAUACCCUGGCCUCACUCUGCAGAACGGCACCCGCGAGCGUCCCCUGUACAUUAACCCUAUGUCGAUAAAUUGCGAUCCGACUCUCAGCACUCAGAAGGACCAGCAAUCUCAAGAUCCGCCCUGGAUGAACCGCAUCCAGGAGAGAUCUCAGCAGGUCGACCGCUUCAUCUCCACAGCAGAGUCCACCCACUGCCGCAAGCAACCCCGACCGGUACGCAUACAAACAGGAGGGAUGCACAUAAAGCAGGAGGCCGAAGAUGAGUACAGCUGCUACGAUAAUUUGGACUGCCAAGAUGACACUGACCAUACUGAGGGUGUGGAGAGUGAAUCCAAGGUUGAAAGUUUUGACUCAGGGGUGAGCUCCUCCAUCAGUACUGAGCCAGAUGCUAUGGAGCAGCAUCCGUACCUGACGAGCUUUAGCCGAGACGGGGGCGGGGACGGUCAUCCCGGUGAAGGAGGUCCAGUGCAUAUAGAGGUCAAUGACUCGUCCCCAGAGCAAGUGCAAGACACAGACGACGGGGACACAUCCCACAGCACUAGUGACAGUAGCAUGAUGCAGCCCCUGCCAAACUCAGUCAUGUCCCAGGCCCUGCCAAGUGCCACGCACUACAUGCGCCAGGUAGAAUCACACACCAGCAAUCUGAGGAUGCCGCUCACCGUGACCAGCAAUUCCCAAGUGAUGGGCACUGCUGGAAGCACCUUCCUGCCCACACUCUUUCCUACACAGCCGGUUAGAGACAACAAGAAUUUCCUUUACCUUCCUGGCCAGCAGCAACCACAAUUUGUGGCUGUGCCGCCCCCUGCUAUGCCAUCAUUCCCGAACCCCAUGUCGGUACAGCAAGCGCCAGCUCAGCAGCAGCAGGUUGUAGGAGGAAUUGGUCCGGGGGAAAAGAAGCCCUACGAAUGCACUCUCUGCAGUAAAACCUUUACUGCUAAACAGAACUACGUCAAACACAUGUUUGUCCAUACUGGUGAGAAGCCUCAUCAGUGCAGCAUCUGCUGGCGCUCGUUCUCCCUGAAGGAUUACUUAAUCAAACACAUGGUGACACACACAGGGGUGCGGGCCUACCAGUGCAGCAUCUGCAACAAGCGUUUCACCCAGAAGAGCUCUCUCAAUGUCCACAUGCGGCUGCACCGUGGAGAGAAGUCCUAUGAGUGCUACAUCUGCAAGAAGAAGUUCUCACACAAGACCCUGCUGGAGAGGCACAUGGCCCUGCACAGCACAGGCACAGGGCUGUCGGGGAGCGCAGGUACCCCGGGCCCAGUCUCCAUUCCCAUGCCUAUGGCUGUCCCUGAGCCUGGAGCUGGAGUGGUGGCCCUCGCCAUGCCAGUGAGUGGAGGUGCUGGAGUAGGGGUUGGGGUUGGAACAGGAGUGGGUGUAGCUGCAGAAGCGAGCUGCCAAGAAGGGACCACCUACGUGUGCUCCGUCUGCCCUGCCAAGUUCGACCAAAUGGAGCACUUCAAUGACCACAUGCGAAUGCAUGUCUCCGAUGGAUAAGUACUAAUAGAUAAACUUCUUUCAAAAAGAAUGACAAAUAAAAUGGCACUAGAUUUUCCUUUUCUUAUUUUGAGGUAUGAAGAGUAAUGAGUAUAGACACUGGCACAUUAAGUUUCCCAAAAGAAUUUUUUUUUUUUUCUGUUAUUCUAAAAGAAAAAAAAGAUGGUGGCCUUAAGGCUUAGUAGUUUGAUAUUGAUCUACUGGAUGGAUCCUAACUACAGGCCUCUAAAUGUAUGCUUUCCUAAAAUACUGAUUUAUGUGUUGAACACUACCGAAAGGCCUGCGAAAGAAUCAUAUACACACAAACACACCUUUAGUGUAGAUAUGUCCGAAUGAAUAUACAUGUGCAUAUAUGUUUGAGCGUUUGUUUAUUUGCAUGUGUCUGUUUGUCCCUGUGUGUGUGUGUGUGUGUGUGUGUGUGUGUGUGUGUGUGUGUGUGUGUGUGUGUGUGUGUGUGUGUGUGUGUGUGUGUGUGUGUGUGUGUGUACAUUGCCAUGAAACAUAAAUCAUGGCAGUUGUGAACCCAUACUGACCAGUUUGGAAAUUAUAGAUGUCCAAGCUUACUGUGGUAUAAUUUACAACAACAAAAACUAAAAAAAAUCAUCUGGGGUUGGGCUACAUAUUCCCUCUAAAAUACUGAUGGUCACAAGAUUGCCUUCUUAUGUAAAAUAAAAAAGGAGAGUAGUUAAUUUGACACUGGGUUUUAUUUUAUUGCUAUGGUAUUAAGGGAUUAUAAUGCAGCUGUUGUCAAGGUACCAAUUUCAAUCAUUUAACUGAAGUGUAACUUCUUGUCGGUGGUGACAGGGACAAAUAUUUCAUGUUUUGUAAUUGUUGUCCAUGCAUUUUGAUGGUUAAGAUUACAUUUACUAAACUAGGGUGUGUUGAUGAGACAGUAUUUGAGCAAAAAUAUGUUUCUUUUUUUCUGAAGUUUGGAGUUUAACUCAUUUGCAUACACUGCCACUAAUAUCCCUAAAGACUGUUAAGGCUAGUAGACCUCUUCCAUUUCAAAACAUGAGAAAAAAAGAAAGAUUCUUUUGCUGAUGUUUUUUUUUAGCCUUUCACAUUCACAGUUAUGGCAGGCUGGCAUAUGCGACUAAACUCUCUCCUUCAUAAUUGCUGCUCCUCAACUUGCACCUGACUGUUAUGGGAUGUAGAUCAAAGUUGUCACUUUAACUAUUGUUAUUGAGUAGCCAACAUGGUUGUAAUUCGAAUUAUAAUAUUAGGGGGGUUUAGGCUUGUUGUUGAUUGGAACAGUGUUAAAGAGGGAGGGAUUUAAUUUAAAUCAAUCGGAACUAAAUGCCAUCCUGAUCCUAGAACCACUGUAUAACCUGGUCAUUACUAUUGCAAAGCUAUUUUAGCAAGUGGGAGCAAAAUGCAUUACUCUAAAUGCUCUCCCUGAAGGCUCAAAUGACAUGCAACGUUUUGAAAGGAAAUACAGUCUCAAAGGAAAACAAGUAGCUCCAUUAAAUUCACACUGUUUCGUGAUAUACCACAAGUUGCAGAUGGACUCUCUAGACAAUAGUAUACAUUCCUGAUUUUUCUAAAAACCUAGACACAGCAUGUACAGAAUAGAUUUGGAAACUAGUGUGUGCAAGUUGUCAACCAUGCAUCACAUCACGUAAGGCUCAUUUCUGAUAUUUGAAUUGUUUUGUAUUGCUUUUUAAUCAAAAUAGGACACACACACACACACACACAAAUGCAACUGCCUGCAACUGCAAAUCUGAAGGAUUUGCUCAUUUAUGUGAGCAAACACUCUAGUAGUUGUGUUGUUAAAAGAAUGACUAACUGCAUACAGUGGUCUUAAAAAGACCUGCUGUAGUUAAAAAAAAAGUGCUACUUUGCACAUUUUCUUAAAAUGCCUGUGCUUAAUAUUUAAUCAUUUUCCUUAAAUGAACUUCUAUAAUUUUCUUUUAUUCAAUUUCAAAGGAAAAAAAAAAACAUUUUUUUAAAUCUUGAUAAGUGGACUGCAUUAUUUUCUUGCAUAUAUGUUGCACUGCUUAAACCAAUAAGUGCACUACUGUUAACAGAGAUAUUAUAGUUUUAGAAAAGAGGAUCUUUUUUUGUUUAAAUCUAACAUUUGGUUGUAGAGUUCACAUGUAAUAGAAUACCUUUGUUUCAAUUUAUUCAUUAAGUAAUUCAGCGGUUCUUGGCUUUUGUUAUCGCUUGCAGUUACCUACAGUAUAUCCUUGUGCCGUGUUAAUGCAAGCAUUUAUUUUUAUUUAAAUAUGUACCAUUACGUGUGCUCAUCUAUGUUUUAACCUUUUUGAAAUCAUUCUUUAAUGGAGUUAGUUCCCUAUAACAGUAAAUCAAUUGCAUUUCUUUAGAAACAGACAAAAAAAAUUCUCUGAGAACAUCCAAGCCAAACAACAUUAACAGUGAAACAGUAAUAAUAAACACAACUCCCGUCCAACUCCGUUGGCAGAGGUAAUAAUAAUAACGAUUAUUAUAUUAUUAAUAAUAAUACAUUUAUAAUGUGUGUGUGUGUAACAUAAAUGAUAUGUGUGUCCUAGAACUACUUUCUGUGGGUUUAAAGGUGUGGGAGGUAAUGGAAUGCAGCUUCUUUGAUAUCUGUCCGUCAGUUGUACACAGUCGUGUCCCUUCCUUAGUGUUUGUAUGUCUGUGAGUGUCUGUGUGGUAUAUAGCCUAAUCAAACUGUUAAUAAGUGGAAUAUCUGAACUGUAGGGCUUCCUUUGCAAUAUGCAGCACAGGUACUAUGAGAAGCAGCUCUCCAAACCUUUUGGGCUAAUAUGGCACCUGUAACCUUUGUUUUAAGAUUUGACAAAAGCCUAGGUCAAGCUCUGAUGUACUUCAUCGUACCCGUUUGGAGAAGUUAUAUCCAUAAUUUUGAAAUUUCAUAAAAUUGCUUCUAGAUUUCUGAACCCUGUGGAGGCAAGUGAUGAUCAUGUGAGACCUGAAUAGAUUCUGUAUUCAUUUCUCCUCACCAAAAAAGAAUAUUGACCACACAUAAGAAAUACAGUGAAAAAGCGUGAGGUUAGUCCUCAGUAAAAGUAGCACAUUACUUAACAUUUGAUUGGGCCUGUCUCCUAUGGUGUGCAUAUAAGCCUAAAUUGAAUGGUUCCUGUUUGUAGCUGUUGUCGCCAGGAUGGCAAUAUUGCUGCAUGCUAGUGCUAUAUUUGUCUCUACACAGCAAGUGGAGGGUAAUCUCAUGCCUUAACAGACAAUGCACUAAAUAGAAUAUGUAAGCAACUGCCGAGAUCUCUUUCCAACAGUACUGCCACACGUAUGGCACACAGCCCAUGAUGUUGGUGUUUGUUGUCUGUUCAGUACCAAGUUAAACACUGCCAAACUAACAUCAUCACUUCUUAGAAAGCAAAGGCAGAGACAUGAAUUGAAUUGUUUCAGUGUAAUGUAUGUAUUCAGUAAUCUAGCAUUCCUUCAUGGCACCUAAAUUUUUUACAUAUUUUGUGUAAACACAUAUAUCAAAUGCACUAUUGACUGUAGCUAGAUGAGUACAACCAGCUUUGUGGUAUCAUUGGUCUAAAUAGUAGGUUAAGUAGCUCGAUGUUGGUUUUUGAAAUAUUUGAUUUCAGAAUUACACUAUCAAUUGUUUCUCUAUUUUUUUUUUUUUGGAAUAACAAAAGUAGCCAAUCUCAACGUUAUCCGGAUGAGGGCUAAUAACUCGUCCAAUCGUCAGUUGACUUGUUGUAUCAUAAGGUGUUUGAUUGAUAGCAGACCAGGCUUGGAAGGGGAAGGACCUUCUCUCCAGUGUGUCAUAACGCUCCUCCCCUGUUGCAUUAGCAUCACAGGCUCUUCACUGUCCAUAGUUAUAUAUUCCUUAUACUGCUUCAGCUACUCGUGGUGGUGAUUAAUUCUCUUUUCUCAGUGUUGCAAAAAUGUUGGUUAAAAAUGGUUGAAAAGUUGCAACAUUAUCCAGAAAAUAAGUCCUUAUCUCAAUCGUGCUUCUAGUUGUUAGUUAAAAAAAGUCUAAACUUUAUGUUUGCAAAGUGUUUGCAUAUUUUCCAGAACAAAACAUUUUGAAAAGUAGAUAAUAGCCUUGAGCCUGCAGCUGUUUGUAUUGUGUUUCAAAUAUAUUACUGUUCAUGUUUUGUUUAUCUAGUGUAGAGACACAGGGUCUACAGUACAUUGUUGUCCUUCUUGCAGUAUGUUUAAUUCAUCGUUAUACUUCUUUAUUUCACACUUCCUCCUGCUUAUUUUAUGGUGAUCAUAGUGUUGUUGUUUAUACAUACAUAGCUUCACGCAACUGGAUUAAGGAUAGUCAGUUAUUGAGUCAUAUUUCACAGUGUACUAUAUAUGCGUAUAUGCUUUGCAUUGAGAUGAAAACAAGGAAAUGGAAGAUAGUAAUGGUGAGGGUCAUGUUGAGUAAGGAACAGGUUCAUUUUAUUCUGAUAAGCAUGCGUCUGUCUUCCUGUUUGUCUCCACACAUUUUUAAGUCCGAUUUUUUUAUUUAAGCUUGAACAAAGUCACAAAGUUAAGAGUAGAAUACAGAAAACACAUGGAAACAUUCAGAUAUUACUUAACUGCAUUUUUCUUUUUUGGGCCUUCUACAGUACAGAGUGAAAUAGAUAACUUCUUACAAAUAUAUAUAUUUACGUAUCACCAUCUCACAUCACACAGAUGAAGCAUACAUUUUCAGAUAGUUUAAUAAAGACAUAAUUGCAGCUAGAGUAUACAGUACCUUGUGGGAUAUAGGGAAUAUGCCUAUCAAGUGCCUCAGUACAUACAGCAACUAUACAGAAUAUUCAUAGUUUUUCUCUCCUACAUUGCACAGAUACAGUAUAUACACAAUGGUCUAUUAAAAAAAUACUAUUUAUACUAUUACUGCUAAGACCUGGUGGUUGUGAGUACACCCUAUAAGAGAACCCUUUAAAAUACAUUAAAUGUUCUAUUCAUAUACAGUAAAAGCUACAUCUGCAAGUUUUAUUUUUUACCUUACGUUUAUACAGUUUGGAGGAUUCAAAGAUAUAAAAUGCAAUCAAAUAUCCAUGCUUUUAAAUGAAAUAUACAAAUAGGUUGAGCAGGUUCAGAUGAUACCUGAAACAUAUUUAUGUAAUCUUAAAAUUAAAUGAUCUUUUUUCUUCUUUUCUUUCAUGUUGCUCUCUCUCAUUGCUGUUUGGCAUUUUACAAAUGCAAUUUUUUGCCAUUUGCAAGCAAUCCAUAUACUGUACUGUAUGUUUGUGUGGGGGAAAAGGCAGUGGCACUUUGUGAACAGCAGAGGGAGCCACACAGAAUCUGAAUCAAGAAUAUUUGGAUUUUUUUAAUUGUGUUGGUAAAAAAUUACCAUUGUUCAGACUAUAAUAACAUCUAUAAGCAUGGCAGUAGUUACCUCCUAGACACAACGACACAAUGGUUUGCAGUCUGUAAGAACUGACACGUACACUUUGUGUCCUUUGACCUUGAUGUCAGGCUCUUCCACAUGCAAGCCAAUGCCCAAUUUCCCCUCAACGAUCGAUAAAGUUUUAUCUGACAGCCGUGUUGUUUACAUGCAGCUUGAAAUUGUAAAGGGCAAGCAACAAGCAACGUGGAAAAAAAGAAACUGGUCAUUUAGAUAUUUAUAACCACAGUACUUGGAGGCUAAAUGAGAUUACAAAUUGGAAGUUUUGGCAACACACACACAGCAUUUGAAUGUCUUUAAGUGGUUGGUUUAGCAACAUGAAAACAUCCCUAAAAGAAAAUGUAGUCGAAUAGAAACCAUAAAUCAAAUUUCAGGACUGAGUGGCUGCAAGAUAAAAGGUUUUGGGAUGGCUUAUUAUUAUGUCCCCUGUGGACUAAUUACCACAGUUUUCUCUGUAACCUUCUCCAGCCUAGUUACUGUGCCAAAUUUAGGAGAGAAAAAGACACUUUUUUAAAAUUAAACUGCUAUUGUUAAAUAGAUGUGAGAUCCAAGCAGACAAAACUAAAAAAUAAUCAUUUUUUCUUAGAAUUAGAACUUUCUGCAAAAUCUACAACAUAAACAUAUUAUAUUACAACAAAACAUGCAUCACACCAAAAGCAAGAGAUUGCCUUUAUUUUGAAUCUUUAAAUCCUCCAUAAUACAUAGUUUUCAAGUAAAAUAGGAGAAAACAGCUAUGAUUGACAAAUACACAUUUUCAAGGCUUAGUUUCAUAGACAUUUCAUUUUAAAAUCAAACAUUAAUAAUAUAGGCAAUGUGAUCUAGCUAGUCCCUGUCAUCCAACCGUCGCACUAUGACGCACAGAAACUCUGAUUUUAGUGUCAAAACAUCCAGAUUCUGUUUUGAUUUUCUUUUUUUUAGUCACACACAUACAGUGAAGCAGCUGUUCAGAUCUUAAAGUAUGACACAGCUCAACUAAGCUAUAACAACAUCUACAUUAUAUUCACUAUGACGCUUUCUCCGAAAAUGCAGUUAUUACACUACCCUGAAGUUUUUAAUAAAAAUCAUCAUCAGGUAACUACCAUCCAUCAGUCCAAAUGAAGCAUGCAGUCCUGUCUACACAGCCUUUUUCCUGUAGGGGAAUACCUUGUUGUUUGAUGGAGCACAAGCUAUAUUUUGAGUGUCCCUCGAUAACAGGCUUUCUGUAUCUUUCUUUUAUCGCAAUGAUGAGGAGACUUAGGCAUGAUUUAGCCACUAAAGACUAAACAUUGAGCCUCUUUGUGUCUCACUCGCUCCUUUUUUCUUUUUGGCUUAGUCCAGCUCGACGAGACAAUUUGUUUUAAAGUGUGUUAACUGAAAACAUGCAUUCCUGUUCAAGUCCAGAACAUUCCAACUCCUAGUCUGGCAGUCAUUUUUUAACAUUAAGGAGGAUUUCCAGCACUAAAUGGUUUUACAGAUGUGUUGGAUAUUUGGUCAUGUAGUAACAAGCAGUGCCCAUUACAUCAAAGUUUAGUAAAAUGUAUAUUUCCCACAAAUAGAUCUUUUUUUUUUUUUUUAAACCCAUCUUGCUGUUAAUUCAAAUUUUGAGCACAGGAAAUGCUUGUGUGGGCCGGUUCUAUAGAAAACGUGCACUAUGUUAUCACUCUGUUUCUCUAUGUAGGUCUCCCUUUUACAGUGCAGAGAUAUAAAAUAAAAAAAAUAAAAAAAUAAGAUGUUGGUCACUGUCUCAGCCAGCACAUAGUCUGCCAUAAUGGACAUGCAGACUUAGAUUCAAACUUUUAGCACUGUAAUGUAUUGUACCUAAAGGAGGCUGGUAGUGGUCAUUUGUAAAGCGGGGCCAUGCUAAUCAUUAGAAGUCAAAUGAAAAAAUAAAAACCUGUACUAGACAAUGUUUGUUUUUAUAAACCAAAGAAGGGUUCAGAUAAUUUAAGUUUUAUGGAGAAAUUAACAUUUAUUUUCUAUGUGUGUGGGGUUCCUAUAUAAUUGGGUUAGAUUGCUACAGUUGUUUUGUUUUUUCUUUGUUUUUCUUCUCAUUGCUGGGUGCUUGUGAAAAUGCAUCUAUGUUUUUGUCACUUGAUCAGUUGUUUAUAGUUUUGUGGUUGUGUUCAUUUGCCUAUUGUAGACCAAAAUAGAGAUUUUUUUUUUUAUAAGAAAUGCAACAAAACAUAAAAAUGAAUCUGCCACACUAGCUGUGAUGUAAACUAUCGCAUGUAUAAGAUUGUAAAUUUUACAUCGUUCCUCUGUCGAAACAUAAUAAUCAUUGUCUUCUAUACACACAUUUAGCAAAUCAGUGUAGACCUGUUCACCUUCACAUUGGAUUAUAUCGAAAUAGUUUUGUGAUAGCGGUUUUCUUCAAAUAUUGGCACCGUCUAAUAUUUCAAGGCUGUCCCUAAAAUACUAAUCUGACAUUGUGACUUUGAGCACAUUUAGCCAUUUAUACUUGAGAUGGACCAAGAUGUUAAGUUUGCACAUAUUUAUAGGUUGUUUAUUAAGCCAAAAAAAAGAAACAGAAUAAUACCGUCAGUCUCAGCAAUUCAAGUCAAAGUCUUUCAUGUUCACUGAAAAAGAGCACCAUAGCCAGCCAUCACUACAUGAUGAAAAUAAAUUAAAAACCAAACUGUAACACAAAUUUAAAUAUCACAACAUGGUCCAAAUAUUUAUGAAAGUGAUUACAUAUAUUUUUGUAAUAACAACACAUCAUCUGUGAGCGGAAUGUAAAUCAUUUGGCUAAAUUUGACGAUAUUUUAUUACUGUAAGGUCUAAUUCAAGGUGAAUCUGCUGUAUAUUUUCCAUCCUGUGUGUUAAAAAUAGGAAAUUUAAUUACUGUAAUUUUGGCGAUGUUUUGUACCUGGGCGAAGACAGAAUUUCUCAAAUAUUGGCAUUACAAAUCAGAAAUGACAUGUGCCCUAAUAAAAGCAGCUUAGGUUCUUUCCAUCUGGCUUUCAGGCUUUUUGCUGCCAUAUCUUGUAUGUAGAUGCUUUUUGUAAACAUGCACUUGAGUUGAACUAUGAGAUGUGCUUAUAAAUAUGUGUAUAUUUUGUUAGGCUUUCUUUUGCCUACAUUAGCUUGAUGUUUUAUUAUUUCCCUAAAAAUAUACUUCUCCUAUAUACAGUAGUCAUGAACUUGGCAGAAGUGGAGCUGUUGUAGUAAAGGUAGUUAACAUCACAACUAAGCAACCCUGAAAUAUAUGCUGCAGUAAUGUGUUUUCAGUUUGUUUUUGAUAAUUUAUGCUCCAAGUUGGUUUGUAUUUUAUUAUUAUUGUUAUGAAACAAGCUUGUUUGAAAUGUAUUGACUGCUGUUUUGAAAGAGGGGAUAAAGUUUGUUUGUUUUUUAAUGUAUGUGCAAGGACAUUUUUAUAAUAUGAUUUGUCAAACACUGGACUGGAGUGAGUUUUCCAACAUUUCCAAGUUGAGAGAUGUAUUUGACAGACAUAACUGCACAGACAACACCCGUUAGCACAGAUGCGAGCUGACAGACAAGCACAUCCUCCCAGCUGUACAGGGGAGGGUGACUAACAUCCUCCCGUUCAAAAUAGGAGUCAUUUAGAUGUAAGAAGUUAUAACAUUUCCUUUGUGCUGGUUAAUUGCAUUCAUUAAGUGAUGGGUUAUAUAUGAGAGGAAAUAUUUAUUAGGGUUUUCCUUCCAAAUUGCUGCACGGCAUCCACUGGUGACAGAUUUUUAUUUUUUAUUUUCUGAAAAAGAUAGAGUGCUCUCUUAAACAUUCAGAAAAGUCAUAAAGGGAUACCACUUGACAGCUAUCCAGUCAUCAGAAUCACUUGGUUUGCUCUUGUUAUGGUAGAGCAGAUAUGACAGUUGAGUCUCAUUAACCCGACCACCACUUCUCAAACCAGAAAAGAGAUUUGCACUAGACUUAUUUUGGUCUUCUUCUAUCAAAAGCAAUAUAAUUCACUCAACACAUUUCUGAACCAUAUUUGUUUCACCCAUGCUGAGUAAAUGGUGAUAUUUGACAAGUAAGUUUUGAUUUGUUUUUGUAUUCAAAGGUACAGAAAUCGGUCGCUUUUUUUAAAUGCACAUCUACAUAAUGUUGUUCCAAGCAGGUUUUUUUACCCAGCAGUACCCCGAGUAUUAGUGUCGAGAUUUGAGGGGCAUUAAAGCUGUUGUUUCCUCCUGUAAUUGUUUUGGACAAAUCAAGCAGCUCUGAAAGUGAGAGACGGGAUGUAUGAGGAAGGAAUCAUGUCCCAUGAGUCAAAUGUCGAUUGUCUUCAUCACACAGCCAAUAACACAUUUGAAGAUAAACACAAAUACCAAAAGUUAAACCCAACUGUCCAAUGUCGUGCACACCUUUCACUUAAAAAACACUCUCUGCAUAUUUGGUCACUUUGAGAGCUUUUUUCUGGGAUUUUACGAAAAACAAUGCUUUAAAGUGAAAUAAUAAUACUCAUUAGAGUAAACACAGCAUCAUUGGCUACGUAUGUAGAGAAUCUGUGUCCACCAAAAUGUAUCAUACUUCAUCCUUUUUCAACGAGGUCAUUCACAACAGCAGUAAUUAUUGACCUUAACGUCAUUAUUUUGUUGAUGGAUAAGUGUAAAUUUUUUAAUAAUUCACAAACAGCAAAACUUCACCAUUUUAUCUGGAUGUAGUAGCUUUCCUGUUUUCACCGCUUUGUGGUGUUGUUGAAAGAUGUUGCGGUUUGUCUAAAUAUGUUGCGUGUUAGAGGAAGCAUAAGUAUGUGCCUUCUUGUAACCUUGGUGAGCUUGUUAUUAUUGAGAAGCUGAAGCCAGCCAAUUGUGUUUGCACUAAAACCAAAUUGCUUUUGUGAUGUAGACUAUUUAAGCAAGCUUGUUGCGUCACUUUAACCGUACAGUAUGCAUGAGGGUGAAAUUGGUAAGACUAGGGCUAGAGCUCUCAUCUGUUGACCUGUAAACCAGUGCAGCUUAGAGGAUCUUGUGAAUAUAUCUUGGCUUAGUUUCGCAUUCAGUUUUCAUUUCCAUCUCCUUACUCAUCAAGUUUGUCACAGUUUCAAAAGUUAAAAAAAAUAAAAAGGUUUAAAAAAAAAAAUGGAAAAAAAAAAACAUACCAUGAAUACAAUACAGCUUUUACUUUCACAUGCCACAGUUAGAGAGUUACACAACUGCAGUAGAGAUAUUCAUUUCUCUGAAUCCAUGGGAAUGCAUGAGUAUAUGGGGUCGCCUCAAGACUAUUGGUCAAAUUAAUUUAGGUUGUUUUUGAAAACUUGUAUUUAUUACAUAUUUUGUCGACAUCUAAGAAAGGCCUACAUGCUUUGAGUCUUACAAAUGCACCUUAUUCAUGUCAGUCCAUGUGGGGAAAAAAAGGCUGGCACUGUAAUAUCUCUGAUUUAGCACCUUACUACACAGCAUGUUUUCACUUUAUGCCAGUUUAGCUAUUCUUCCAUAUGUAUGAUUUCAAAAAUAAAUCUCAUAUUUUGUGAACUUGUUUCAUGGGAUGUGCCAAAGUUUGGAGGCGAUCUCCCAAGUGUUUAUGCUUAUCAUUUUCUUUUCCUCCUCCUUCAGUUAUAGCAAUGGUAUGUCAAAACUUUCCUAUAACAGUGUGUGGAAUCAAUUUAUCUCAGCAAACAGUAUCAUUACUUGCCAUUUUACAAUAAGCCCUGUAUUUCACAUAUAUUUACCAGUGAUGUGUAUUUGUUAUUAUAAAGAAAAUAGCCGUAAAAGCUUCAUUAUGUUACAUAAUAUUGUGACUUUUUUCGAAAAACUGUGAAGACUUAUCUUGCAUAUACUUUAUACAGAAGUAUUAAGCCUUAAUACAAAAGACUAAAAAAAGUGUGGAAGAAUAAACUGAUUGUUGCUAAGUAAGGAUGAUUUUUGUAAAUGUUACCAGCACUUUUUUUGUAAUUUUCACUCUCUGAGGUAUUGUACAAGUUCAAGCUGUUUGUGAAGUUUGAUUAUGAAGGAAUAAAAACUAGUACUUUCCUGUACUUCACAGAAA